UGUUAUGAAAUUCUCAAUAAUUUGCUCCGGAACUGUCACGCUAGGUGUCUUCAUGUGAAUUAGUUUUAAACAAAAGACAAAGUGAAACAGACGUGUAAUCAUGCGUUACUAUGUGCUGGAACACCUUGUACUUCUUUUCGUCACAAAUCUAAUUUGUAGUGCAAUUGAAAUCUCUUCAAAGUUGGAUUUCGACGGCCCAAAAUCCUCGUCGCGAUUAAUUGAAGGUAUAAAUAAGCGCAAACCGUUGGUCUACCGAAAUCGGGAAAAAGAGAACGAUGGCACAAACAAUAAAGUUGAAAUUAUCUGCGCAUCUACUGACGGCUGCAAUACCACGGAAUCGAUUAAGACACAGUCCAAGGACUCAAUCGAGACAGACGUUGUAGUCCACGUUAAAACAAAUGUCGCUAUAAAUAAUAAUAAAACUGACAGUUUUGUGGAUGAUACUCCUGAUAUUCCAGUCAUCGUGGGUAGUUCUGAUCCCAACCACAGUCACAACUACAACCAGUACAAUCAUCCUCUGACAACGACAGAACGGGUUUUAUCGAUCAAUCCGGUAGUACCUGUGUCUUCGGUGCACUAUUCGCAUCAACCACACACUCCAUCGACUCUAACGUCCACAAGUAUAUACAACCAAAGAAAUUACCCGUCUGCAGACCACCACAUAAAAAUCGGAUCUCUAACUUUUGACAACACGGCACGCAGUGGGGUUGACAACACAGCUAAUAAUGUUGAAAUACACGUCCCGUACUUUGAAUCGACUUAUCACAACCAUUAUUUUGGGGAAAAUCCACCACCGCAAGUUGUAUGGUAUUCGAAAUCUGCAACACCCGGUUAUGGGUCCAAGGCCACAAUAAAACCCGCGUUCUGGUCUGGACGGGACUUAAACCCGACAACGCAAAAAUUCGCAGGCACUAGUAGUACCGGUUGCAGUUGUAAAAAUCAUGUCAACACAGGACUGCAGUGGUACCCAGCCAGACGGGUCUACAAUGUGGAUCCAGGCAGACAAAUUGAUGACAAAUUAGCACCACUAGAUUAAAUCUGGACGUGUGUAAGUUAGAUUAGUAAUAUUAGUAAGAAAAUUUAAUGUCAAUGACAGUAGAAUAGCACUUUUUUCAAAUAGUUUGAUAAUAAAUUAGUUAUAGUCUAUAUGAACAAAUAAACAAAUGUUUUGUGUAAAAUUGUCAGUUUUGUGGACCAAAGUUCUAACUAAUCUAGUAAUAAAAUUAAGCGAGUUUUGUCUGGAUGACCACACCUUGCGAACAGAUUAUAUCUCACGUUAAGGUGAUUGCACCCGUUGUAGUUUUUUGUAAGUAAAUUAAGUAUUUUGUCUAACACGUUUUAACGAUUGUGUUUGCAUUUUUCACAACAAAGAUUGAAACAAUAGUUUGCUACAUGUUAGUCAAAAAAUGUGUUAGGUGCAAUUUUUUGUGCAACAAUUAUAAAAAACAUGUGUUGAAACAAAACUUAAAGGCAAAUAAAAAUGGUUGUAAGUAAAAAUCUCGGCUCAUCACGACUAGAAAUCGUAUGUAUUGUUAUCCCUUCUGGUGCCUCUCAAUGUCAUUAGUCAAAUUAACGAAAGGUAGAAAUGUAUGGUUGAAUCUUAGGCGGUUGCUAUGCUGAAACGGACAAAAAAUGGCCCUUCAUAAGAAUCGAUAGUGACUAUGGAAACACUAACUGCUGCUUUAUUUUACAGUAUUUUUCAAAUCUUUUCAGUGAUUUUAAAAGAAGAGGAAUCAAACUGUGUCUGUAUGGUGCCACUUUUGUAGCAACAGUGAUACUAAUUUGUAAAAACAUUGUUUAAAAUUUAACAAUAAAUUACAAAAUUAUUUUAUUCAUUAAA